AUGGCAUCGAUGGAGUUGAAGUGCUCCGUCUGUUGCUUGACGCAACCGAUCACUUCGUUCAGCAAGGCAGCUAGAAAGCGGGAGGAACCAAUCUGCAAGAGGUGCACUCACUGGGGCAUGGGGGUUGAGCCUGAAGUAACACCAGCCGCUCUUCAGACUGGGCACAUAUCCGGGGAGGAAGUCCGAGGCGAGGUCUGGGUGGAGGAAUACCUCAAUACCAGAAACGAGUCCCAGGAUGCUUCCCAUAAGACAACCCAGGCCGCUGCUCAGGAUGCUACCGAAACCGAGAGCCAGGUUGAGAGCUCUGCCGCAGGCACCUGCGGGGGUGUCAGACUCGACGUGGAUGGAACGACGGAGGAUACCAGGAGCGUCAUCUCAGAGCUUCCGUCGGAGCUUGCGUCCUCGGUGAGAGGGUUGACGAUCCAGGGGUCUCGUGGUCUCCCAACUCAUUUGCGUCGCGGGGGGAGCACAAUCGCCUCAACUUCCGGUGUCCAUAACACCCUCUCGAAGUUAAGGCCAAGGGAGGAGUCCAUCCAAGAGCAGAUUCUUCGAAAGGCGGGCCGACCAUCAUCAUCCGCAUCCGUGGCAAGUGGAAGUAAUGUCAGUAGCAUUUCUACGGCUACUACGAUGCGUGAGGCUCGGAACAGGACCAUGAUCACUUUCAACCGGUGGGACAACACGGGCAACAUACACCAAGGUGUGAAGGAUGAGACGACUGCUUCGAGUGUCAGCUCGGCUACGACAACGCCAUUGUCGCGACACGCUUGGCCAAAACUUGAAGUCGCUCCAAAAGACACCGCUCCUCUCAGGGCCAUUCCCGUCGUUCGCGAGAAACGGGCAGAGCGAGAGUUCAACUCACAGAAGGCCACCACAUUCUGCACUGUACCUCAAUCUGUUCUUGACGACUCCGAUUGA